GCACGAGCAGGCGCAGUAGACAUUUUGACAACUGCGCUGAGCAAACAUGGCGGCGGCCGUGGAUAGUGUUGUGAAAGUGCUCGGGGAGCAGUACUAUAAGGAUGCUAUGGAGCAGUGCCACACCUAUAACGCUCGUCUCUGUGCGGAGAGGAGCAUCCUUAUGCCUUUCCUUGACUCUCAAACGGGUGUUGCUCAGAGCAAUUGCUACAUCUGGAUGGAGAAAAGACACAGGCGUGCAGGCAUGGCUCCUGGGCAGCUCUAUACCUACCCCGCUCGUCGCUGGAGGAAGAAACGACGGUCCCACCCACCUGAGGACCCUCGCUUGGCCUUCCCCCCUCUUAAAUCAGUGGAGCUGGGUCUGAAGCGUGAUGCUCUUGGAGCAGUGGAUGGCAGCAGCCUGGAAGCCCUUUUGAAGGGGGAGCCUCUGGAGAGGAGGGGUCAGCCUGAACCCCGGGGCCCUGAGGAAAACCCAGCCACGCCUGAACCUGUUGCGGCCACGGCCUCCAGUCACACCUCCUCCGGACGCAUCCGCAAGAGGGUGCUGGACCAUGACGACUACCUGGAUGACCUGGAUGAUGAAGACUUUGAGGACGAGACCCCCAAGAGACGAGGGAAGGGCAAGUCCAAGGGCCGUUCAGUAGGAAAUGGAAAGAAGAAAAUGGAGGCCGCUGCGGCUGCUUUGGAAGAACGGGACAAACCCUACGCCUGUGACAUCUGUGGGAAGCGCUAUAAGAACCGUCCGGGCCUGAGCUACCACUACACACACUCCCAUCUGGCUGAGGAAGAGGGGGAGGACAGGGAGGAGAUCGAGGCCCCUCCAACGCCUCACCGAGUUGAGGAACACAAGACUCCUAAGAAAGGCCCAAACGGUUUGGCCAUGCCCAACGACUACUGCGACUUCUGUCUGGGAGACUCGGCCCACAACCAGAAGACCGGCCAGUCGGAGGAGCUGGUGUCUUGCUCAGACUGCGGACGGUCAGGUCACCCAUCCUGCCUGCAGUUCACCGAGGUGAUGAUGGCCGCAGUGAAGACGUACCGCUGGCAGUGCAUCGAGUGCAAGUGCUGCAACGUCUGCGGUACCUCGGAGAAUGACGACCAGCUGCUGUUCUGUGACGACUGUGAUCGAGGAUACCACAUGUACUGCCUCAACCCCCCUAUGACCGAGCCCCCGGAAGGGAGUUGGAGUUGUCACCUUUGCUUGCUUCUGCUGAAGGACAAGGCGUCCAUAUACCAGCAGCAGAGCGCCACUGCAGAAGAUGAAUAGGAGUUUGCUAUUAGUAUCUUUGGUACCACCCAGAGUAACCCACCCUGCCCUUGGCCAGGGGAUCCCAAGUACCACCCUACACAAUGACAAUUAGCCCUUCAGACCCUGGUCCAGACCCCCUCAAUGACCAGGCCCUUGGUUCUGGGGUGAAGACACCACCCCCCUGACAGCAAGCUCAGCCUCUUCUUGCCUCAAUUCCGUCUAACCAUAUCACAGUUAGCGCAACUUGACUGUUACACACUCUGCAGAGACCUUUACUAUUAACCACAGUCUCAACGGAGCUUGUGCAAGCAAAUACAGGAAUAAUAUCUCACGCCAAUUAUUCCAAGUCAACAUCCCCUCCACUUUCAUGGUCUGGGCUGCUAAGAGGCAGUGUGUUUAAUUUGUUGCCAAACUAUCAUAUUUGCUUGUAAGAACCGUAUGGAUUUAUCCAAUGUAAAAUAUGACCGCAUUGUUGAGGGAUAUUAAUAGUGGAGUUUUGUAGUGAAGUUUGUCUGUGUACUUCUUUUAGAUGUUUGAAGAACAUUUUCUCUCAAUGUUUUUCCUGCAGCAAAAACAACUGUCAGGAACCUCUGGUGCCAAGGGUUUUGUCCCAAAUGGCUUCCUGUUCCCUAGUGCACUUGUUCUGACCAGGACCCAAUAGGGUGUCAUUUGGGAUACAGACAUAGUCAUUUUAUUAUGACUGAAUCAUAUCUUACUGCUGGUUUGAUUUUAAAACUCACAUCCAACAUUUCUCAGCUAUCUUCAUGGUUUAUGUAGCUGUACCAUACAUGUGCCAACAGUGACCGUGGCGCACUGCAUGCAAACUUGCACCUGUACUUGAGUACGUAUGCACACAGACACUCACAGUUCUUUUUACUAUGUAUUAUUAUUUUUACACUUGAUAUAUCACUUGAUAUUCCAUGAGGUUGGGGGGUUUUCUAGUAAAAUUUUGUAAAGUAUAUACUAGCUAAUGAAGUCAAAUGAAAACAAAGUAUAGCUAAACUAACAGUACUGUAUUACCUUUUUCUAUUUGUUUUGACAGUGAUAUAUUGUUAUUUUCUUGUGAUUUAUUUUCUGUGAUAUAUUAAUAAUCUCAAUAACACGUAUUUGUUUUGGUAAAAAUGUAUUUUUCUUUUUGGUAUUGAAACUGCUUUUGCCCUAUUAAAAUGUACAUGUAUCUGCUAGCAA